AUGAAGUACACCAUCGCCCUCUACUCCCUCCUCGCCGUCGCCUCGGCAGCCAGCCUGGCCAACAGGACCCCCGAGUCCGUGGAUAUCGUUGCCCGCCACCAGUCCCACUCCCACAUGGGGGGGCAUGGCAAGAACCGAACUGAAGACGAGCCCGGCCUCGAGAAGAGGAGGCGCCGCUGCCGCACAAGGUGCCCUGCCCGCGUGAACACCACGUCGGAUGCUACCGCACUCCUGAACUUGAACGUGGGUGUCUUGGUUGCGGGCGUAGCAGGGGCUGGGGUUGGUGCCGUCUUCCUUUAUUAG